AUGUGGCGACUCUGUCUUCCCUGCUGCCCCAGGCCUCGGAGGUCUGAAGAAACCAGCCAAAAUGAAACAGCUGCAGCAAAUCAACUACGGCAAGAAUACCAGCAGAAUUGUCCUGCAAGUGGACCUGCACAAUCUAACACAAAGAAGAAAACUGUCAAGGGCCAACAUCCCAAGAGAAACACCACUGGGUAUGGUCAAUCAACUAAGCGUAGAGCCAAAGGGCACGCCUCCCCUGAGCCGGCCCUGCCUUCCUGCAGCUCGAGAGCUUCCUGGGUGGAGAGUGUCAUAGCUCCCAAUAACACCGAGGAUCUGAGGAGGCACUACCAAUUCCUCAUGCUUACCCUGCACUGCAGCAAGUUACAAAACCAACAGCUCUCCAGUGAGAUCCACCAACUGAAGGCAGAAAAGAAACUCCUGCAGCAUCGACAACAAAAAGAGAAUUGGAGGAGAGCCCAAGAGAAAGAAGCAAUGCAAACAGAACUGGAAGCCCACAAGGUAACGAUACAGAUGUUGGGUGAAGAAGAAUGCAAUUUACACUGUGCCCUGGCCCGCAUGCAGCAAGUGUUUAAUGAGAGAAAAAGGGAGCAGGAAGGGGUCACCAGCCGCCGGCAGGCUGCACCGCAGCAAGUUGCAGAGCAAGACAUAGCCUUGUCCCCAGUCACCACCCAACAGGAUGACACUCAAAAGAACAAUCCACAGCUCAUCCAAGACCAGAAACAGAGCAGGAGUGGUGAUUUGGAGGAAAUCAACAGCGAAUUGCAAAGAAAGCUGCAAGUCCUCUGCACCCAGAAGCUCAACAUGCAAAACAGAAUUCACAAGCUCCAAAAAGCCGCAGAGGAGCGGGCAGUGCUGAAAAGGCAAGUGGACAACCUGAGAAGGCUGGUGAUGGCCAUGAGGUCAGAAAGGGACAACUUUGCCAUAUACCUGAGGAGGGAGAGGGCCAUGUGUGAGGACAUGAUCCAGCAGCAAUCCCAAGAGAUGAAGCAUCUUAGAGAGGAGAGAGAGCAAGGGCAGAGGCAGGUGUUGGAGCUGGAGGUCAACCUGGAGGAGUUUAGAAAACAACUGGCAGAGCUGCAGGCGCCCGCAGGACCAGCUCAGGCUGAGCAGCAGCUGCAGGCCCAGGCCUUGCAGAUGCAGGAGGAGGUCAAGGACCUGAAGCAACAGCUUCACUUGCAGGUACAGGAAAAGCACAGCCUCCGUCUCCAGAACCUGGAGCAACAGGAGCGGCUGUCGGAGAAGGAGGAGCUCGCCAGCGCGCUGAGCUCAGAACAGCACCUGAAGAAACAGCUGCAGGAGAAGCUGAAGCAGCAAGAGAACGAUCUGCACAAGUGGAAGGAGGAGGCUGAGAGGGCGAGCUUCUUGGCUCAGGAGGGGCAGAAGCUGCAGGGCCAGUAUCGGAUCCAGCUGCAGAAACUCAGAGACACCUGCGAUCGGCACACAUUCUCCAAUUGGAAGCUGAGGACAGAAAACGAUGCCCUGCAGGAGCACCUGCAGACGCAGAACCAGCUGCUGGAGCAGCUGAAGCAGGAGCAAGAACAGAGCAAGGUGCUGGCCCAGAUGGAAAGGGAACAGUUACAGGACACUCUCAAGUGUCUAGAAGCAGCAAGGCAACAGAAGGAGCAACUGCAGGCCCAGCUGAGUGGCCUGGCGUUUCCUCCAGAAGGCCAAGCAGUGAGUAACGGGGAAGAAAGGGGGGCGGAGGCAACCCCACUCGACGUAACCGUCCCUGACGAUGUGGACAGCCCUCAAGACAUCAGGGACUUUUACCAGAAAGCACUAUCGGCUGCUGAAUCUAAAAAGGAAAAACUCAGCCAGCAGCUGACGAGGACCCACGGCUUGUUUGGGAAGAGGAAGCGGGACACACAGGGGCUCAAGAGGGAGCUGCAACUCUGCUUCAGCCCCGACCUGCCUGACAAGGUGGACUUCCAGAGUGGAGUGGAUGACCUGCAACAGUGA